AUGAUGGCCGACGAGGUUGCCCUUGUUGCGAACGGUUUUGGAGCGCACGUCAUGGAGGAGGGCGCGGUUCUUUUCGAACUUGCGAAGCUGGGUUGCGCGGGGGCCGAGGAUGCGCGCCCACAGGCCGGAGAGGAGCUCUGCGUGGAAUUCUUCCUGGGUGGAGGACUCGUGGGCGACGGUGCGGGCGAGACUGAGGAAGUGGGCGUCGAUGUCGUCGAAGAGGGCGAAGAGGGAGACGGAGUUUUCGAGCUCGGCCUGGAUGGCUUCCUCGAGGGUGGAGAGGAAGUUGUUGAAGAGGAGUUGGACCAUGCGCUGCUCGCGCUGGGGGUUGGACAGGCCGAAGAUGGAUGUUGUAAGGCGGCCGAGGCGGGUGGGGUGGCCGUGGGUGUCUUCGAGGAUGGCGGUGGUGGUGAGGAAGUUGUGGAUGUUGUCGUAGGCGUGGGAGAGGGAGGAUGA